GGGAGUGGCGAGUGACGUAAUUCAAGGGAACUCUGAAAGGGAGGGGAAGGAGAGAGGGAAAGAAAAAGGAAGCUCUCCGGUAGGUUUUUGUGUGUAUUUAUCCAAAAGAACCCAAACUUUUGCAAACCAAAGGUGUGACUGGACGCCUGGCGUGGGAUUUGACAUGCUGAGGAGCGAGAACCGAAGGGAGCCACGGACACCAGUUUGUCAGCAGUACAACCCCUGACAACAUUAAAUAUUAACCAGACUUUAAGGCCUCGGGCCUCCAAUGACUGCAAAGAGGUAAGCGAGUCGCUCUUCUUCCUCAGAGAAUAGAAAGUACAAACGUUUCAUUGUUGUGACAAGCAUGCAAUGUCUUUUUGCCUGCGAGUGGAUCCUCUCCUGAGAAGCAGAGGGUCUGAACUUGCUCGGCAGAAGUACAGGAAUCUCGUGGUUGACAGGGUUACGUUACAGGCUGAAGCCUUCCUCUGUGUUGGGUGUUUGACGCAGCAGUACGUAAGGACCUGUUGAUCCAGCGCUUCCUCUUCGGAUCACUCGGUGCCGGGAAAGAGAGACAAUGUCCAAUGAAUUGAACUCCAGUCUCACCAGUAUUGACUGGCUGCCUCAGCUGGGAAUCAGCAGCCUGCGCUCAGGGAGAGACAGAGGAGGAGGAGGCGAGGGGGACAAGAGAAAAGACAGAGGGAGGGAGCGAGGAGACUUCCUACCCUCCCUACCAGACCCCCCGCCGUCCAACUACAAAGGGAAACCCCCUCACAGCUAUGCCACUCUCAUCGCCAUGGCAAUAGCGGCUGCACCUGAGAGGAAAUUGAGUUUGAAUGACAUCUACACCUGGAUCAGCGACAGGUUUCCCCACUACAGCCGAGCUGGCCGUGGAUGGAAAAACUCCAUUCGGCAUAAUUUGUCUCUUAAUAAAUGCUUCAGGAAAGUUCCUCGCCCACAGAGUGACCCUGGCAAGGGCUCCUAUUGGACGAUGGAUGGACCCGCAGAAGAGAAUCAAGUGAGGGGACUUAAGCGUCCCUAUCCAGAGGAGGAUGCUCCUCAAACCUCGGUGACACAAGCAGAACGAGGAGCUCCUUCUCAUCCAGCCUCCCACGCAGAGCCUCCGGGGUCCUUCCGCCCCGUCUCCCCCUCUCCUCCCCCGUGCAAGCAACCGUCGCCCUUCCCGCCGAGCCCCGCGCGCGGCCUCCCGGUGCACCUUCAACCCGGACCUCCUCCUACUCCUCCUCCUGCUCCUCCUACUGGGUUCCAACCUGCUGACUCCACCUAUUCCGCCCCCUCCUUCCCACCGCCCCGGCCCGCCGAUGGCGCGUCUCCCCCGGCUGCUCCCUCUUUCUCCGAUGCCCCCCCGUGCUUCCCCCCCUCGGUGUCCGCUCCCACUUUCUCCUGCGCUCCCGACUCGGUGUCCGAGGGCCCCGCGUCGGGAGCCCCUCUGGCGCCUCCAGCUCCCGUCGUCUCCUCCAACCCUCCCACCGACCCCCCGCUGCGCUUCACCUUCGAUGAGAUGAACUUUCCGGACUUGUAUGCGUCGUUCAAGUCCCUCUUCAAGACCAUGCGCGAGAGGGGGGGCUCGCAGUCGGAUGCUGCUCCUCCUCCGGCCUUUGUGACCAAUGACGCUGCUCCUCUUCACACUCCGACUCUGCUGCCGUUGUCUCCUCGGCCCGCGCCGCCCCAAACACCUGCAAACCCCCCCGAGGCGGAGCGCAUCUCACAACACACGGUGCCAGCUGACUGGUUCAUCAACCCAGAUUCCCUGAAGGAGAGCUUCCGCAUCGCCAGUAAUCUGGACUGGGCCAACAUUGACCUCUCCGGUCACCCAGACCUGCUGGAGAGCAUGCGGCAGGCGCAGCUCUGCGACUGGGCCUUGGACCCGGCGCUCUUCACGUCCCUCUGCGACUCUCUGAAUCGCUUCUUCACUCACAAAGGAAUGAUCACCUCUGGGAGCAACUCCCCACUGGCCCUCGGUGCACCUCAGUCCGUACAGGUCCCGCCGCUGGCCUCCAACCCCCCUCCUACCCUGGCCAGCCUCACCCACCCCUCGCCCCUCCCUUACUGCCCCACGGUCCACCCCAUCAGCGGCGUGCCGCUGCCCCGGAGGGCUCUGCACGCGGGGCCGGGCGUUCAGAGGGCUCCGCUCACUCAGCCUGCAAACACCACCACCGCUGGUAUGCAGCCUCAGUCAAUGGCGCCGCGGCCUCCAUUAAAGAGUCUGCACAGCAACAGCGAGGAGUUCCAGGACGACUUUGACUGGGACUCUCUGCUCGUUUGACUCCAGCCGUCCGUGUGGAAAAAGGAGAGCAGAACUUUUCAGAGACGUCUCCACUGAACCUCAAUGCUGGGAGCUUCUCAAGAGAGCGAGUUUGUCCCAAAUGACUGAAUGCUGUGUUACAAGGUUGAGAAAGUCCUACAGCUCUUCAGCUUUAUUCAAAAUCAUAACUAGUAAUGGCUUUUCGCUUUUCUUCUGCAGAUUAUUGGAAGGGUGUUUUUUUCUGUCCGAGUUUAGAUUUAAACAUGGUCUUUAAAGAAAAUAAAGUGUAUUAUUUUUGUUCCAUUAUUGUUCUGUCACAGAAAUAAAAAUGUAUAGACAAUAAAUAAGGAGAUAGUAUGAAACAAGCCAAACGCACACCUUGUGUUUGUUUUAUUUCAUAAAUUCCUUUUAUUUUUUUUCUAUUUUCUU